CAUAAAAUUGACACUAACACACCACCUCUCCCCUCGGUACUCAGUACAGUGCCCACCGAGUGGCCAGAUCCCAGGACAUGGGAGGGGUCACCCCCCUCAUGUGUCCUGGCCCAGGCCCAGCCGCCCUCCUUAUGUCACCGGAAAAUGGGGCUGAGUUGGUGGCAGCGGGGAUCCCAGUAGAGGAGGUGUACACGUGGCAUCUCUAGGGCCCUGGGGGAAGGAAGAGGUGGGAAGGGUGAGGUGUUGGUUCCUCAUUGGUCUGGGUUAGGCUUUCCGGGGUGGCCCCCACUGCACACAGGCACACACACACCUGCGCCCCAACCGUAGCCCAGGCUUACUGAGCCAGCUCCGCUGACCAUGAUGCUGUCUCUGCCGCUGAUACUGCUGCUGGGAGCCUGGGUCAUCCCAGGGGGUUUUGGGGACAGGGACCCACUCACAGCCACGGCCCCACAGCUAGACGAUGAGGAGAAGUACUCAGCUCACAUGCCUGCUCACCUGCGCUGUGAUGCCUGCAGGGCAGUGGUCUACCAGAUGUGGCAAUAUUUGGCAAAGGCAGAGGCCAAGCUUCAUACCCCAGACUCAGGGGGGCAGCGGCGGGAGCUGAGCGAGUCUGUAUACACAGAUGUCCUGGACCAGAGCUGCACCCAGACCUGGCAGGGCUAUGGGAUCCGAGAAGUGAACCAGGUGAAACGUCUCACAGGCCCAGGACUCAGCAAGGGGCCAGAGCCAACCAUCAGUGUGAUGAUCACAGGGGGCCCCUGGCCCACCAGGCUCUCCACGACAUGUUUGCACUACCUGGGGGAGUUUGGAGAAGACCAGAUCUAUGAAGCCCACCAACAAGGCCGAGGGGCUCUGGAGACAUUGCUGUGUGGAGGACCCGAAGGGGCCUGCUCGGAAGAGGCGACUAUUACAAGGACAGAGCUCUAGUCUGACUCCUUACCCUUCCUGGUCAGCCCCUGAAGACAGCUGGGGCAUCCUCUAGAUCUGCUCCACUCUUUUCAGCAGGCUGCCCUGGAGGGCAGGAAGGCCAUGCUUUUCUGUGCUGCCAUGGCCCCUCCCUCCUCCUGCUUCAGGACAUGGGGGCCAUGUGUGUGUGUCGGGGGUGGGGUGGGGGGAAGGCCUUACCCUCUGGACUCGAAUAAAACCCAGUGACCUUGA